UUCAUGGAAUUUUCCUCUCGAGCUCUUCUCUAACUUUUCCUUAUCUUCUAAUUGUUUCAAUCAAUUCUCUCCAUAUCUCGAGAAUCACGAUCCUGGGUUUUGUUUAGUUUAUUGUUUUUGACAAAGAUACCAUAGUUCGUUUUGAUUCUCAUCACAGAAAAUUAGUGGGUUCAGAGGGUUGCUCUGGUUAGGCUCUCUUCCUGCUAGUGAUGCAGAAUUCUGAUCGAGACAACCAAGAUCAGAGGGAAAAUUCUGGCAUGGAGGAUUCAACUGCAAUGACUAUUGAAUUCCUUAGAGCACGCUUGCUCUCAGAAAGAUCUGUCUCAAGAAGUGCAAGACAGAGAGCUGAUGAACUUGCCCAAAGGGUAGCUGAACUUGAGGAACAGCUACACAUUGUUUCUCUCCAAAGAAUGAGAGCUGAGAAGGCGACAGAAGAUGUUCUUGCCAUUUUGGAAAGCAAUGGGGUAAGUGACUUGUCUGAGGAAUUUGAUUCGAACUCAGACCAGGAGACCCCCUCUGAAUCCAAAGUGGAUAAUGGCUCUCUGAAAGAAGGAGAGAGCUCUGUCAAUUCGAAUUUGGGAAAGAAAGGGACAGAGGAACUUUCAGGUUCUGACCUUAAUUUUUCAACAGUACCUGGUAGAAGCCUGUCUUGGAAAGGCCGCAAGAAUGCUUCCAAUUCUCCUGAAAAAAGGUACAAGGAUUCACAUGCUAGAAGACGGGGUAGUUUUUCAUCUAUUUCCUUUUCUUCUCCAAAACACCGCCAAGGCAAAUCAUGCCGCCAGAUAAGACGUAGAGAAUCAAGAUCAAUUGGUGAGAUGCCUAAAACGGAUGAUGUCAAGGUUGAUUCAGAAGAAAAAGGACUUAUAACCUCUUCAGAUGUUAACCCUUGUCAGUCUGAAAAGGUUGUGCUGAGAGCAGGUGAAAAUCCUGCAGACAAAGAUUUAGCAGAAACACUUUCUGAUGUCUUGAAAGAUGAAAGAAAUACAAACAGUAGUGAUCUUGACUUGCAAGGAGAUGAUGGGGAGAAAAAUAUGGAAAAGGCACUAGAACAUCAAGCCCAACUUAUUGGCCGUUAUGAAGCAAUGGAAAGGGCCCAAACAGAAUGGGAAGAGAAGUUCAGAGAGAAUAAUAGUAGUACACCGGAUUCAUGUGAUCCUGGGAACCACUCAGAUGUCACUGAGGAAAGAGACGAGAUCAAGACACAAGCUCAAUAUGUUGCAGAAACAAGUACUUCCCAAGUCCAGGAAGCUGAGGUAGAACGUGAUUGCUUCUCUAAAGAAUUGCCGGCUCAGUCUAGUAAUUUUGUGCCACCUCCACAUAGUGAUUUGAAUUUUGUCCAGGAUAAGAGGCACAACAGUGCUCCCGCUACUGCAUCUCAAGGUCCUGAAUCCCAUGGUCAAGACUUUGCAUUUCCCGUGGCAAAUGAAAAUUAUGAUCAGGAGCACCUGCAAAGCCAAUCUUUGCACAACUUCCCUAGAAGCCAACCACCGCACCACCAUUUAUCAAAUGUAGGCAGCAGUUUUGAUGGAGGAGAAGCUUCCAGAAGGCAGCAUGACCUAUAUGCAAUGGUGCCUCACGAAACAUCUAGUGGGUAUGCUGGCGUGCUUGAUGCACUUAAACAAGCUAGGUUAUCACUCGAACAGAAAAUUAACCGAUCAUUGCUAGUAGAAGGUGAGUCUGUUGGAAAAGCUAUCCAGCCUUCUAUCCCAGUAACAAAAGCUGUGGAAAGGGCUGAUAUUCCCAUUGGAUGUGCUGGGCUUUUCAGAUUACCAACUGACUUCCCAGCUGAGGCCUCUAAUGACAACAGCUUUCUAGAUUCUGGUUCUCGGUUAAGUUUGGCCAACCACCUUCCUGAAACAGGAGUUGCUUUAACUGCUGGCAAUCAGUUCCCACCCAGCUCUUAUAUGAAUACUCAGUUGAGUAGGAGUUACAAUCACCUAGAUCCUGGUGAUCAAUUUCUCACUAGUCCUUACAUGGCUAGCAUUUCAGGUUUUUCAACUAUCCCCCCUCGAUUUCUCACUAGUCCUUACAUGGCUAGUAGUUCAAACUUUUCAACCAUCCCCCUUGUGCGUGCUACAUCUGCUUAUCUCAAUGGGGGACAACUUCUCACCAGCCAACAUGUGGACACAGGUUCAGUGAUGUCUGCUCAAAAACAAAGUUCUGAUCCCUACAUGGAUACCAGACUACCCUCAUCUAGUCUGCACAAUUAUCCCACCUUUCCUGACCUAAUGCCAAGGACAUUCAGUAGAGAAGGGUUUCCAACUUUCCAUCCCAGUAGGUCAACUGGGUUGCCUGAUCAGUUUCCUCUUUAUGAUCAACAUUUUAGACAAGAUAUGUAUAGAUAGUAAAAUCCCUUGAGGUUAUGUAGCUUAUUAGCAUAGUAUCUUGUUAAAGAAGCUUUCAAGCAUAUUAGCUUUGUAAGAUGUUAUCAAUUCUCUCAUCGUGGCUAUUGAAGGGCCAUUCUUGUGUAGUAUUACCAUUUUUAUGCACAAUACUUUUGAGUCCCAGAUGAUAUUUAUAGGCCAUAGGUUCUUCCCUAUCCGCAUGUUUAAUUCUCAUU